AUGUCCAGAGACAGCAGCAAUGCCUUUCUUCCAGAUGGGCCAGAGAUUACUGGUGCUGCUGAGGGUCCCCUCCAGGGCCUGACCUUUGCCGCCAAGGACUUGUACGACGUCGAGAACUAUGUGACCGGCUUUGGAAAUCCUACUUGGAAGGAAACACAUGAGCCUGCAACAGCUACAGCACCUGCUGUUCAGGCCCUCCUAUCAGCGGGAGCGAGCCUUGUGGGCAAGACACACAUGGAUGAGCUGGCGUACAGCCUGAAUGGAGAAAACUUUCACUAUGGCACCCCCGUCAACCCAGCCUGCCCUGAUCGCAUCCCUGGGGGCUCGUCAUCCGGGUCAGUGGUGGCCGUGGCCAAUGAAUCUGUGGACAUUGCAUUGGGCAGCGACACGGGCGGCAGUGUGCGAGUUCCGGCCAGCUACUGUGGCGCGUGGGGCAUCAGACCCACUCAUGGCAGGGUGUCACUGGAAGGAGCAUGCACACUGGCUGCCUCAUACGACACAGGUGGCUUCUUUGCCAGAAACGCGGAGCUGCUGAGAAGAGCAGGGGAUGUUUUGUUGGACCCUGCGACCCGCUCGGAUGUCCAGUUCAAGCGAUGGCUAGUGGCCAAGGAUGCAUUUGAUCUGGCUGAUGACGCCACUAGUGAAGCCAUCUUUCGGGUGGGCCUCAUAGACCUGGUCUUCCUAGAUUCUUAUCACAGAUUUAGUCUGCCUGUUGCAUGCACGACCAAGACUGCUUCGUGCUCAGAGGGCUUUGAAUUAGCGUGCUGUGUUUUCAGGGUGUCCCAAGGGGCGGAAGUGUGGGAAGCGCUGGGGGAGUGGGUCCAGUCAGCUCAGCCGCAGCUGGGCCCAGGCACCAAGGAGCGCUUCGAGAUGGCCUCCCAGCUGACUACAGAGGAGGUGGCUCGCGCAAAUGAGCUCCGGGCCAGAAUCACACAGCAUCUGGAGCAACUGCUGGGAGAGGAUGGUGUUCUGGCGGUGCCGUCUGCACCCGGCCCCGCCCCCUUCUUAAACACCCCUCAGCAGGACUUAGAUACCUUCAGGAAGCGUCUCAUCUCCCUCACCUGCAUCGCUGGCCUCAGCGGCCUCCCUCAGGUCAGCCUGCCGGUGGCAAAAGUUGAAGGGUGCCCAGUCGGGCUGGGCUUGAUUGGUCCCCGUGGCUCAGAUGAAGCCCUGCUGCGCCUCACGGAGCAGCUUGAGCCUGUGCUUGUGCGCCCAUGA